CAAUAGCAUUAGUGCUUUCAUAGAGAGAGAGAGAGAGAGAUAAUGGAUCAGUUUCUUGAGCUAUCUCAAGCUUUUUACAUAGCCACGGUGGUCCUUCUUCUCUACCUGUCAUGGAGAAUAUUGUAUUCUUGUUGGAUUUCACCAACUCAGCGAUAUCAGAAGCUUCGGAGAAACGGAUUUAAGGGUCCAACUCCAAGUUUUCCGUUGGGUAAUACUAGAGAGAUGACUAAGAAGGACGGAAAUUCUUCGUUGGGAUCUUCGAAUGCCUCCCAUGAUAUACACUCGAUGGUUUUCCCCUUCUUUGCACGAUGGCAAAAGUCGCAUGGAAAAGUGUUCAUCUACUGGCUAGGAACAGAGCCAUUUUUAUACAUAGCAGAGCCAGAGUUCCUUAAGAAAAUGUCUGGAGAGGUCAUGGCGAGGAGUUGGGGGAAGCCCACUGUGUUCAAAAAUGAUAGAGACGCCAUGUUUGGCAAUGGUUUGAUUAUGACUGAAGGCGACGACUGGGUUCGCCACCGCCAUCUCAUCACUCCGGCAUUCCACCCAACCAACUUGAAGGUUAUGGCAACCUCAAUGGUAGACUCGACCUCUAGAAUGCUUGAUAAGUGGUCUACCCUCAUCAACUCCGGUAGACCGGAGAUUGACAUUGAGAGGGAAAUCACGGCAACCGCUGGAGAGAUCAUUGCGAAGACAAGCUGCGGUGUAGGUUACGAAAGCGGCCAGAACGUGUUCCACAAAUUAAGAGAGCUGCAAAUGACUCUUUUCAAGACCAACCGCUUCGUCGGGGUCCCUUUUAGCAAAUUCUUGUACCCUAAGAAAGCCCUAGAGGCCAGAAAGCUUGGAAAAGAAAUCGACAGGCUAUUUUUGUCGAUCAUAACUGACAGACAGAAAGCGAUGAAAGAGCAACCCGCUUCACACGACUUGCUAGGGUUAUUGCUUCAAGGAAGUCACGCGGACGGCCGGCCGGGGAAGCUAUUAACGCCACGGGAACUAGUCGACGAGUGCAAGACUUUCUUCUUUGGAGGCCAUGAGACGACUGCGUUGGCAAUCACGUGGACCAUGCUGCUUUUGGCCGUCCAUCAAGACUGGCAAAAAACUUUGAGAGAUGAGAUUAGAGAAGUUGUUCAAGAUAAGGAGAUCGAUGUCAGCAUGCUUGCCGGACUAAAGAAGAUGGGAUGGGUGAUGAAUGAGGUUCUUCGACUGUACCCAUCAGCACCAAACGUACAAAGGCAAGCAAGAGGAGACAUCAGAGUCGAUGAGGUAACAAUUCCCAACGGAACCAACAUGUGGAUCGAUGUGGUGGCCAUGCAUCACGACAAGGCGCUGUGGGGCGACGACGUGAAUGAAUUCCGGCCGGAGAGGUUCAAGGACGACAGCAUCUACGGCGGGUGCAAGCACAAGAUGGGGUAUAUGCCUUUUGGGUUUGGUGGGAGAAUGUGCAUCGGCAGGAACUUGACGUUCAUGGAGUAUAAGAUUGUCUUAACCCUAAUUCUCUCUAGGUUUUCCUUCACCGUCUCCCCAGCUUAUAAUCAUUCUCCUUCUAUUUUGCUCUCUCUAAGGCCUCAGUAUGGGCUGCCUCUCAUUCUUCAACCUCUUCACACCAACUAGUGAUGUAUUUGUUUCCUUUUUUUUCUUUUUCUUUUUUUUUGGAAGUGAAUUAGUAAUUUUUUUUUUUUUAUUCAGAAUUAGUAAUUUGUUAGUUCUAUUGUACUAGCUACUAGGAUUUAAUUAGCUAUAUAUCUUUCAUUUAAUUCUAUUGUGCUCCUUUACCAUUAAAA